UUUUCCCCCUUUCUUUUCGUUCGUUUCCUUUCUUUCUUUUCUGCAAGUUCCAAAUAGAGCAGUAUUUUCAAGAAGAGAGUUUCUCCCUCAACAUCUCUACUCAAAAUUCAUGAGAAAGCAUGUAUGUUCUCUCCUCAACCGUUGAUGCAAUCUUGUUAUCAAAAAAUGCAGCGCUCAUUUCCUCCUCUUCUCCAACCAGACCACUCUUUUCGAUGCUUCUCUCUCCAGCAUUCAGAACCUCAUCAUCUGCAUCUACAGCUACUACUACUACCACUACCCUUUCAAAAAAUCCGCAAAUCAACAACAAUGAAGAAGAAAAAAACCAAGAAGAGGAGGAGCUGGACCUAAUCGACAGCGGUUCCCUUGAACAAGACCCCACCCAUUACACCAAGCUACUCAAUAACUGCACCAAACUCAAAAAGCUUCUUGAAGGCCGCAGCAUCCACGCCCACUUCCUCCGUUCCCAGUUCACCCACAACCUCGUUAUCCAAAACACCGUCCUCAACUUGUACGCCAAGUGCGGCAGUAUGGACGAGGCCCGCAAUUUGUUCGAAGAAAUGCCUGAUAGGGAUAUGGUCACUUGGACUGCCUUGAUUACUGGUUAUUCACAGAAUGAUAGGCCCCGUGAUGCGCUUCUUUUGUUCCCACAAAUGUUGCGGUUCGGUUUUGAGCCCAAUCAGUUCACGUUCUCCAGCCUUCUCAAGGCUGCUGGGGCCGUGCCGACAGAUAGGGACGGCAGGCAAGUUCAUGGUUUUGUCAUCAAGUAUGGUGUUGAUUCCAAUGUCUACGUGGGGAGUUCACUUGUGGAUAUGUACGCGAGGUGGGGACUUAUGGAUGAAGCACGGUUUGUGUUUGACAAGUUGGUCAGCAAGAAUGAUGUUUCUUACAAUGCUUUGAUUGCAGGGCAUGCUAGGAUGGAUGAGGGAGAGCAAGCGGUUCGUUUGUUUCGUGUGAUGCAAAGAGAAGAUUUUAGACCUACCCAUUUCACUUAUUCUAGUGUUUUCACUGUUUGUGCUAGUAUUGGAGCCUUGGAGCAGGGAAAAGGGGUACACGCGCAUAUGAUGAAGUUGGGGGAACAGCUCGUUGCGUUUGUUGGCAACACUCUUCUUGACAUGUAUGCGAAAUCGGGUAGCAUUGAGGAUGCAAAAAAGGUUUUUGAUAGACUGGUUAGGCGAGAUGUGGUUUCGUGGAAUUCAAUGCUUAAUGCAUGUGCCCAACAUGGGCUUGGGAAGGAAACUGUCGAACGCUUUGAGCAAAUGCUAAGGGUGGGAAUUGAGCCUAAUGCCAUAACUUUCCUAUGUGUUUUAACUGCUUGUAGCCAUGCUGGGUUAUUGGACAAAGGACAAUAUUACUUUGAAUUAAUGAAGAAGUACAAGGUAGAACCCGAGGUUUCACAUUAUGUCACGAUUGUAGAUCAGCUUGGUCGUGCUGGUCAGUUCGAUCGUGCUAAAAGGUUCAUAGAAAACAUGCCAAUUGAGCCUAAUGCAGCUGUUUGGGGUGCUUUGCUUGGUUCUUGUAGGAUGCAUAAGAACAUGGAGUUGGGGGCAUACGCUGCUGAACGCGUAUUUGAAUUGGGCCCUCGUGAUUCAGGACCUCACGUGUUACUGUAUAAUAUCUAUGCCUCUGGUGGUAGAUGGAGUGAUGCUGCCAAAGUGAGAAAGAUGAUGAAAGAGAGUGGAGUGAAGAAGGAACCUGCUUGUAGUUGGGUGGAGAUCGAGAAUGCUGUCCACGUGUUUGUGGCAAAUGAUGAUGCUCACCCUCAGAAAGAGGAGAUGUGUAAGAAGUGGGAGGAAAUUUGUGGGCAAAUUAAGGAAAUAGGCUAUGUCCCAGACACCAGCCAUGUUCUUUUGUUUGUUGACGAGCAGGAGAGGGAAACAAAGUUGCAAUACCACAGUGAGAAACUCGCUCUAGCAUUGUCCCUUCUCAAGAUGCCGCCUGGAUCCACUAUCCAGAUCAAGAAGAACAUCAGAGUUUGUGGUGAUUGCCACUCAGCAUUCAAGUUUGUGUCUAAGGUAGUGCAGAGAGAAAUUAUAUUAAGAGACACUAAUCGGUUCCAUCACUUCCGUGAUGGCUCUUGUUCUUGUGGGGACUACUGGUAGCUUUAAACGUCACUAACUAAUCAUUACAAGUAGGGUGGUUGUUGGUUUACUACCUGAGUACCUGUGUGUCAAUGGAUAGGCUUGGCAUUGACCAAUUGCAAUGGGCAAAGCUACACAAAGUAAGGGCAGUCAAUAUGGUUGAUAUGAAGUGAAGGACAAUACAAGAUAGGGUAGGAAAGUAGAGAUUUAUUCGGCAAGAUGCUUCAAUCACAUACCAAACUCUAAUGGAAUCACCCAAGGUUUGACUUUCAAAGACUCGGACCCACAGUUUUGACAGUAUUCUCGUCUUUGGCCUUUGGGCACUGGUAUACAAUUUUUGAGCCUCAGACUACACUUGUGCUCCUGCCCAUUCCAAUGCCAUUACAGGGCUGAAGUCAUAUUCUGAAACCUUGAUACUUCUUAUAGGAACAGCGUACCGAGCUAUUUCCUUUAACACAGAACUGUGGAAUUUCGCGUCCUGAGCUUUGGUUACUAAGAGGAAAAUGGGAAGUAUGAGAAGUUGGAGCGAUUCCUAUGCGGUAGGUAACAAAUUUGAUCAGUCGCUUUAUAAACAAGGGAAGCAUGCUCCUCAGGUAAUGCAAAUUCGCACCAUUAAAGUACCUUUUGCUGUGUUCUCAUGCAAAAUAUAGGACUAAAAGUAUCAUGUUGAUAUGUUUUCCUUCUGGUAUUUUUACGCGAAUAGUUACUUUUUGUUAUAUAAACAGCAAUCUGUAGUGCCAUUUAACUGGUGGUUCCAAUAGGUUUAUGUUAUGUGGCUUGCCACAAA